AUGGAUGUAGGUGAAUCAGACCGCAGGGAGAUCCCUAGACCACCGUUGGUUCCCGCCGAAAAGUACAAUGCAGCUUCUUCAAUCGCCGCCGCCACGCGCCGCCCUCGAAUCCGGGAAGUCAGCUCCCGCUACAAGUCACCGACGCCCUCCCGGCCUACCUCAACCGCAACCGUCGGACGUUCUUCAUCUCCAAGCGUUUCGAGAACGCCGCGUUCUCCAUCAUCAUCAUCAUCGUCGGCGCCGAAGAGAUCACUGUCCGCGGACCGGAGGAGGCCGGCCACGCCUCCUUCGCCGUCGUCUCAAUCGACGCCGGUGAAGGAUUCAGCGGCGGAUGUUUCGUCGAGAAGAAAUGGUCGGUUGCCUGAAGGGGGCUUGUGGCCUUCAACGAUGAGAAGCUUGAGCGUUUCGUUUCAGUCUGAUACGAUUUCGAUUCCUGUUAGUGUUAGUAAGAAGGAGAAGCCUGCAGUGACUAGUGCUUUAUCGGAUCGGACUUUGAGGUCUUCGUCCAAUGUGGCUCAUAGACAGGGGGAGACAGCUCCGAGGAAGCUCACACCGGAGAGGAAGAGGAGCCCUCUUAGAGGGAAGAAUGUGUCUGAUCAAUCAGAGAAUUCGAAACCUGUGGAGAGUGUGCAUUCUAGAUUGAUAGAUCAGCAUCGAUGGCCUAGUAGAAUCGGUGGCAAAGUGUCUUUAAAUUCCAAUUCCAACUCAUUAAACACAAGUAUGGAUCUUGGGCCUAGGAUCAUUAAGCUUGCCACACCAGCUCCCGGAGUUGGGGCACCUAUGCUAAGACGAAUGCCUGCAGCUGAUCGUUUGGGAAAGCCUGUACAGAAAUCGGGUGGUGAUGCUGCGAUGUUAUCAGCACCUCAUGAACUUGGUAGAUCGAAUUCAGUUGAUGAGAGUUCACUGCAUAAGCUUGUCUCUAAUAGGCUUUCAGAAAGGUUGUCAAGUGCAACUCCUAAAGUCAGAUCCCUUUCGCGACCGUCCUCUCCUAGUAAGACCUCAAUGUUCUCACCUUCUGUUUCAAGAGGUGCCAGUCCAUCUCGGUCUUCAAGACCGUCUACUCCUCCUUCUAGAGGUGUUAGUCCAUCGAAGACAAGGGUUUCGAGUACUUCUUGUCAAUCGAGCAGCGCAACUUCUGUGCUUAGUUUCAUUGCUGAUUUCAAGGGGAAAAAGAGUGCAGCUUACGUUGAAGAUGCUCAUCAGCUGCGGCUACUUCACAAUAGAUUUUUGCAGUGGAGAUUUACUAAUGCCAGGGCAGAGGCUAUACUUUAUAUUCAGAAAGUAACUGCAGAGAGAACUCUAUUGGAUGUGUGGAACACUACGCUAAGCUUGUGGGAUUCAGUAAUCAGGAAAAGAAUCAAACUCCAGCAGUUAAAUCUUGAGCUUAAGCUGAAGUCUGUAUUGAAUGGUCAGAUGGACUAUCUUGAUGACUGGGCUUUACUUGAAAGAGAUCAUAUUGCUGCUUUUUCUGGGGCUAUGGAAGAUUUGGAGGCAAGCACUCUCCGUCUUCCAAUAACUGGAGGGGCAAGGACGGAUAUUGACUCUUUGAAGGUAGCUAUUUGCUCUGCUGUUGAUGUGAUGCAGGCAAUGGGAUCCUCCAUAUGCUCUUUGCUCUCUAGGGUGGAGGGCGUGAAUGGUUUGGUUUCAGAACUUGCUGUUGUAGCAGCGCAAGAGAAAGCCAUGCUUGACGAAUGUGAAUCAUUGCUGGCUUCAGCAGCAGCUAUGCAGGUCGAGGAAUACAGCCUUAAGACGCAACUCAUACAAAUGAAACAAGAUUUGGGAACUGUCAGCAGCCAAUUUUGGCAACCAAGACACCUUCUUGACCCUGACUAGCCUCUAAGCUAAUUAUACAAGCAAUUCCGAUGGAAAACAUACUCAAGCGGAGAUAAAAGCGUCUCCUCGGUUCUCUGUGAAUGUAAAUUUAGUUUUCAGCCAUGGAAUGUCAACAUCAUAUUCCACUUCUUUG